AUGAGAAGCCUGCCACCAGCCCUGGUGGCCGAAAUCCGCCAUGCCUUUCAAUCUUGCUCUAGGCAGUAUGCUGCCUCCAGAAGGACUCAAUUCAGCACAUUGCACCAAAGGCUAAAAAGUUCCCAGCGUUCGAAAAGCGACAAUGUUCCCAUUCAAGUUGCCCACAGCCAGCUGCGGGCCCAGAAAACGAAUCUCGCUCGACCGUCGAUACCUCCAGCCCCGAGUGCGCCAGAGACCAAGGAGCUUGUACCUCAGGAAGAGCAGGAAAAGUCUCUCGACACAGGCCGCAAGGUUGAGGUCCCUUUCAAGGUCAUCCCGAAGGCUGAGAUCGCUCCAAAUUUGACACUGUCCCCCAAAGAACGGCUCCAUAUUGAGCAAUUGACAAGAAGACUACCUCCUCGGCCUGAACCAAAGGUGUAUAAGAAGAGAUUACGCAUAUACAGUGCCGGCAACGGAAGGAUAUAUAUGCUCACCUUCCUCCGUUUCACCACGAUUGCCGCCCUCACCUUUGUCACCGUCAUAGUGGCUCCAGCGCACUGGAUCAAUGGGAGUUCAUUGUGGACCGUGGCCGGCAUAUGGCUCGCGGGCUUGAUGCCGUUCAUUUUCGUAAACUGGGCAUUGAGGCCAAUGGUGACGGAGGUCUUUCUUCGACUUCCGGCGUCGGCUCAAACAUCCCCCAAAGUGGCAAUGGCGUAUGCGAAAAGCCUCCCUGGAGAUGCCACACUCGACCUGAGAUUUAUGCGAUCAUUCACCAUCACUGACGUCGUUACGUUGAGGAUCGCCAACACAAGACCGAUUAAAAGUCUCUUUCGGCCUGUUAGCUUUGAAUGGAUUGGACCGAUGGUGGAACGUGGUGGCUUGCUGAGACCGAACCCGACUCAAUUCUAUGUACGGCCUGAAUCGGCGGGCGGCAGAGCAGCGAGAGAUGUGACUCCGGGGAUUUGGAGCAAAGUGUACGAACGACUUACCGGAGUCGAAAGCGAUGCUGUAUCCAAAUGGCGGCGAUGA